AUAUCCGGGCGGGCCAUCCCGGCCUGUCCUGCCCGCUGGCCUGGCCUUCCCGGCGCUUCCCAUGGCCCUGCCCGCCGUCCACAGGUGCUUCCAAUGUUCAGGUUCAAACAGAAACCCAUUUAUGGCGUACGGGUGGAGACAGCAAGGAUUUUGUUCUAGAGGGUGACAGUGUCAGAUUAAAAUUCAUGAUCUAGAGCAUAAUCUUCAAGAGCAGAGGCAAAGAAUUGAGCAACUGGAAUGUAAAAAGGUUUCUUGGAAAACUAGUGCUGUUUCUGGAAAAAGAAGUCGAACCUCAGAGGGAGGAAUAACUUCCCACAGGGACAUUUCUGAAGAGAAGGAAUCCUGUUGCAGUAAAUAUUUAGGGAUUUUGUACUGACAAAACACCCAGCAUGAUCCUAUGACAAGUCCUAGCUGUGUUCAUCUGAGAGGAGGACUGAGCCAUUGAGUCUUAUGCUGGUACUGCAAUGCUGAGCUCUAGCUCCACCACUGUGAAGAAUCUUCCUCUGAAGAAGAGGCUCUGUUUUCUGCUGAAGCUUGUGGGCUUUGUCAGCUCAGUGUUCAUAUUUUGUGAAUUUUUAAUUUAUUAUGUGGUAAUUUUUCAAUGCCGAUGGCCAGAAGUGAAAGGUGGAGCUCCCAUGGGUGAAAAAGAGACUUCAGCUUCAGUCCUAAAGGCCAUGAUUUUAGCUGAUACUCACCUACUUGGUGAAAUCAAAGGACAUUGGUUCGAUAAGCUAAGAAGGGAAUGGCAAAUGGAGAGAUCUUUCCAAACUGCCUUAUGGUUACUGCAACCAGAUAUUGUUUUUAUUCUGGGAGAUGUCUUUGAUGAAGGAAAAUGGAGCUCACCUCAGGCAUGGGCAGAUGAUGUCAGGAGAUUUCGGAAAAUGUUCAAGUAUCCAGUUUCUACGGAGCUAGUGGUCAUCGUUGGGAACCAUGACAUUGGAUUUCAUUACGAAAUGACUACUUACAAGGUAAAUCGAUUUGAAAAGGUUUUCAACUUGACUUCAGGAAAGCUAAUAACUCGGAAAGGAGUAAACUUUGUCCUGGUGAACAGUGUAGCCAUGGAGGGUGAUGGCUGUGCUGUCUGCAGUACCUCAGAGGCAAAGCUUGUGGCACUUUCUCACAAACUGAAUUGCUCCCUGCAGAAACCAGAUCAUUCCAACAAAAGGUGCAGUGGUGUGGAAAAGCUUCCAGCUUCAGAACCUAUCCUUUUACAGCAUUACCCUCUCUAUCGGAAAAGUGAUGCUGAAUGCAGUGGAGAAGAUUCUGCUCCUCCAGAGGAGAAGAACACCCCCUUUAAAGAAAAGUAUGAUGUACUGUCUCAAGAGGCAUCACAAAAGCUGAUAUGGUGGUUUCAUCCCCGUUUGAUUCUCAGUGGGCACACACAUAGUGCUUGUGAAGUACUGCAUGCAGGGAAAAUUCCAGAAAUCAGCGUCCCGUCAUUCAGCUGGAGGAAUAGAAACAAUCCUAGUUUCAUCAUGGGCAGCAUAACACCAACUGACUUCUCCCUCCAAAAAUGCUUCCUUCCAUAUGAGAGCAGAGUCUUUACUAUAUACUGUGCAGCAGGUGCUCUGUUUGUGAUCCUGAUACUAGCUCAUGUUCAGCUUCUCACUCCACCGUUUUAUUUUGCUCAGCGUUUAAUCAGUAAGCAUAAAGCAGUAUGAAGAGCCAGACAUCUGCAUUCAGUCACUGAAAUACCAAAGCUGAGAACAGUCAAACAUCAGACUAUAUUCAUGCCAGCAAAUGACCUAAUUUGAUUGCUAGUCUGAAGGCAGGUUGCAUUUACACAUACCAUAGAAGUCCUAUACAGCUGAUAUGACUACUACAGGAUAAAUAAUUAACUGAAAUGAACGUUUCAUGCUGUACAAAAAUACUGUAUUCGACAAUCAAAUGAGUCCUUUUCCUGCUAUAAUUUUUGUAUCAAAUAUGUAUAUUAAAAGUGUAACUGUACAUUAUGUAAAUCCUAUAGCCUCAUCACUUGUCUGCACUAGUGUCUUACCCUGGUGGAGGCUGAAUCCUGCAAACUGGAAACGUUUCUCUGUUUUAUUGCUGCAUGGCCCUUCUAAUGUCACGCUUGAGUUCUAGGGUCAGGCAGAAACUAGACGCAUCAGCACUGAGAGAUGUGGAUUUCCAUAACCUUUUUAGGGUGUCAUAUGUAAGGGGACUGUGGUUUGGGACAAGAGAUCUUCUGGUUCCUGACACAGUAAAUUGUUAGCUGAUUGUAAUUUGCAGUUAUCGUCUACCAGACAACAAAGGGAAGAAGCUCGUGGAUCCAGUUUGCUGAUACACACUUAAAACCUGCUUAAAAGAAAUUAGGGUGACACCUCAAGCUGCUAUUUUCAAAGAGAUGUGCUAUGAUGAGCUUAAAAAAGAGGGCCCUAUUGCAUCCCAGAGAUCUGUGUGGUGAGGGGCCCUCCAGUUGCCGAUCUCCAGCGAGAAGGGAGGUCAAAUACAGCUGCAGUAACAUUAUCCUAUGCCUCGGCCCUCAGUCUACGGACAGAUAGGGAUAGGAGUGUGCGUUGUUUCAGAUUCCUGCAGGGCACCAAGUCCUGUUGACUUUGUUGUAAUGUCACAUUUUGAACUGCACGAGAGGCCGAGGCCACCAGCUGUGCCACAGGCCCCAGCCCGGGGGGGCAGCAUGGAGAAGAUAAAAUCUGAGCUCAGUGUCUUCACUGUGUGAAGGAAGGUGGACAAACCUACUGCUGGUCCCCACCUGCCCUGGAAAAAAACAAGAGGGAGUAUUUCACACCAGAACCAGUUUUCCUGCUGAUGUUCCUGCAGAGGCUGGGAGCUCUAACCUGAACUCCAGGGCUGGGGAUAGUUUUAAAAAAAGACUAUCUUUCGUUAUCCGCUCUAUUACUUUCUUUGGCAUGGGAAAGAAGUGAGAGAAUUUUGGGAAUUUCGUUUACUAUUAGCUUUUUCCGCCCAGCCUUUCACUUUUUGGGAAAUAUAACUAAAUUGAACAUAACACAUUUCUGGGAAGAGGAAAUGGUCAUAUUAUAAUAUCUAAAAUGGGACUAUUUUAUAUUCAACUAGAAACAAGUUCUCAACUGAUCUGUAGUCUGAAUUUAAAAAGAGGUCUGAUUGGGGUUUAUAACUAAUAAUGAUACUUACAGUAAAAAGUUAAUAAAACCUACUAAUUUUUAUGCCAGUGUGGGGACUGUGUUAGCUCUUAAUCUCUCCCUAAAUUUAAAAUGGAGUGGGGGGGGAAUGGUCCAAAGUGUGGUAAAACACUCUAAAAAGUAAUGUAGUCUAACACUUCUCUAGGUUUCUGUUAUUGCAACUGUAAUUUUAGACAUUUGUACAGGUUAUCUUGGACACAGGAAAAGUAUAUAGUCACAGACAUAAAACACCUAUGUAUAAAAUAUAAAGCAGUGUUAUAGUUACUAAAAAGGACAUGCCUUAUUGCUACAGCAAUUCUUGCUUUUUAUAUAUUGUACUGUACCACAACUUGUUUUGAGAAUGUCAUUUGCAUAAAUUAUUCAAGUUUGAGAAAUAUUCACACAUUUUGAUUCUACAAUAUUUAAAAUAAAACAAUUUUCUAAUGUG